AUGUCUGUCCCAUCGCAACCCUCUGCGCCUGCUGCAGGGGACCAUGCAGGCUCUCCAUCUGCUGCACCGGAAGCAUCCCCCGCCCCGUCCGGAGCUCAACCCGGGUCCCCAACGGAGAAGCAACAGCUCGAUACCCAAGGCCAAGAAAUCCCAGACCGAGAAUCGAAGGACGCAGAAGCAGAAGACACAACCGCACCUCCUUUGCCGGAUGAAGUGCCCCCACCACUCCCUGAUGAAGCACCGCCUGGCCCACCUGAAGAUGAUGGGUGGGAGCCCAAACCGCACCAGGCGUCGAAAUCAUCGCUCCCGAAGAACCCCCGAAGAAAGCUCCCAUACUGGGGGGGAUACAACCCCGCCAUCCACGGCGACUACGACCCGACUGCACCCUACGCGCAACAUUAUGAAGAGCAGACAGUAGACUCAAAUGGUGUCGCACUAGAUCCGGCUGCUGCGUACGCCGCAACCGGAACCUUCAACCGGUUUACUGGGCGCUGGCAGGCCGAGUCGAUCAACCCGGAGAACCACAACGAUGAGAACAAAUCACGGCGCCAAAUGAACGCAUUCUUCGAUGUCGAUGCUGCGGCAAAUGCUCAUGACGGAAGGAGUCUUCGCGCCGAGCGCAGCGCCAAAAAGCUGAGCAAGAAGGAGCUGAAGAUGUUCAAGGAAAAGCGCCGGGAGAAGAAAGAAGAAAAGCGGCGGGCAUGGUUGCGCGAUUGA